AUGAGCCUGGAAAUGAAGGAAGCUGCUACAGAGCUAAGCCUUUCUGUGGCAGAAACUCCCAAGCAAAGAUUCAUGAGUGAUGGUCCCUUUGCCUUCAAUUGGAGAGAAGUCUGCAAAACACCUGAGAGUAUCCAAACUAGAGAGAAACCAUAUGACUAUAAUCAAUGUGAGAAGGCUUUUAGAGAGAAGGGAUGUCUUAUUGCUCAUCACAGAACACACACUGCAGAGAAACCUUAUGAAUGUAAUCAAUGUGGAAAGACUUUUAGAGAUAAGCGCAGUCUUGUUAUACAUAAUAGAAUCCACACUGGAGAAAAACCUUAUGAAUGUAAUCACUGUGGAAAGACUUUUUCUGAUAACCGGAAUCUGGGUAGACACAGAAAAAUCCACACUGGAGAGAAACCUUAUGAAUGUAAUCAAUGUGGAAAGAGUUUUAGAGAUAAGCAAAAUCUUGUUUUACAUAGUAGAAUCCACACUGGAGAAAAACCUUAUGAAUGUAAUCAAUGUGGAAAGACUUUUAUAGAAAAGCGCAGUCUUUUUUCACAUAGUAGAAUCCACACUGGAGAGAAACCUUAUGAAUGUAAUCAAUGUGGAAAGACUUUUAGAGUGAUUGCUUCUCUUAAUUUACAUCAGAGAACACACACUGGAGAGAAACCUUAUGAAUGUAAUCAAUGUGGAAAGACUUUUAGAGUGAAGGCUUCUCUUAUUACACAUCAGACAAUGCACACUGGAGAGAAACCUUAUGAAUGUAAUCAAUGUGGAAAGACUUUUAGAGUGAAGGCUUCUCUUAUUACACAUCAGACAAUGCACACUGGAGAGAAACCUUAUGAAUGUAAUCAAUGUGGAAAGGCUUUCAGACUUAGGAAGUCUCUUCAUGAACAUCAGAGAAGACAUACUGGAGAGAAACCUUAUGAAUGUAAUCGAUGUGGAAAAGCUUUUCAAUGCAGGGAAAGUCUUAUUACACAUCAGAGAAUCCACACUGGAGAGAAACCUUAUGAAUGUAAUCAAUGUGGAAAGACUUUUACAUGGAAAAUUAGUCUUGCUAAACAUAGAAGAAUCCACACUGGAGAGAAACCUUAUGAAUGUAAUCAAUGUGGAAGAACUCAUCAAUGCAGGCAAAGUCUUAUUACACAUCAGAGAAUCCACACUGGAGAGAAACCUUAUGAAUGUAAUCAAUGUGGAAAGACUUUUACAUGGAAAAUUAGUCUUGUUAAACAUAGAAGAAUCCACACUGGAGAGAAACCCUAUGAAUGUAAUCAAUGUGGAAAAGCUUUUCAAUGCAGGGAAAGUCUUAUUACACAUCAGAGAAUCCACACUGGAGAGAAACCUUAUGAAUGUAAUCAAUGUGGAAAGACUUUUACAUGGAAAAAUAGUCUUGUUAAACAUGAAAGAAUCCACACAGGAGAGAAGCCUUAUGAAUGUAAGCAAUGUGAAAAGGCUUUUGCAGAGAAAGUCAGUCUUGUUAUACAUGAAAGAAUCCACACUGGAGAGAAACCUUAUGAAUGUAAUCAAUGUGGAAAGACUUUUACUGAUAAGGGGAGUCUUGUUAAACAUAGAAGAAUCCACACUGGAGAGAAACCUUAUGAAUGUAGUCAAUGUGGAAAGACUUUUACAUGGAAAAUUAGUCUUUCUCUUUAUGAACAUCAGAAGAUGCACACUGGAGAGAAACCUUAUAAAUGUAAUCAAUGUGGAAAGACUUUUACAUUGAAAAAUAGUCUUGUUACACAUGAAAGAAUCCACACUGGAGAGAGACCUUAUGAAUGUAAUCAGUGUGGAAAGGCUUUUAUAACAAACACUACUCUUAUUCAACAUGAGAGGAUCCACACUGGAGAGAAACCUUAUGAAUGUAAGCAAUGUGGAAAGACUUUUAUAGGGAAAUAUGGUCUUGUUGUACAUGAAAGAAUCCACACUGGAGAGAAACCUUAUGAAUGUAAGCAAUGUGGAAAGACUUUUACAUGGAAAAAUGGUCUUGUUAUACAUGAAAGAAUCCACACUGGAGAGAAACCUUAUGAAUGUAUGCAAUGUGGAAAAGCUUUUGCACAGAAAGUCAGUCUUGUUAGCCAUGAAAGAAUCCACACUGGAGAGAAACCUUAUGAAUGUAUGCAAUGUGGAAAAGCUUUUGCACAUAAAGUCAGUCUUGUUAUCCAUAAAAGAAUCCACACUGGAGAGAAACCUUAUGAAUGUAAUCAAUGUGGAAAGACUUUUACAUGGAAAAUGAGUCUUGUUACACAUCAGAGAAUCCACACUGGAGAGAAACCUUAUGAAUGUAAUCAAUGA